CCUCUAAAUAUCCCGGCUGCUUUACCCUCAAGACGUCGUCUGAUUCGUAUCAUGGAUCGAAUCACACGAUCCACUUAUUUCCAAAAAGCUGUGGACAACAAACUCGUUCAACGUGGCAUGGAACUCAUUUCCAAUACACCUAUUGUCUUGGAAGCGGAGAUCCAAAUGCUCACCGGCACUUUGUUGGUCAAUAUUCCACCACCACCCAGUGAUCGAUUGUGGUACGGGUUUCGUCCCAAUCCACAACUACGAUUGAAAGCCAGACCACGAGUGGGUGAGAAAGCGGUGACUAUGUCGCGAAUUUUGGAAUGGAUUGAAAAACGUGUAGCGUUGGAAUUUCAGGUAGGAUUUUACGCGGUGCUGCUUUGUUUAAUUGAUUGA